AUUAAUUUGGUAUUAGAUAAUAUCGAUUGGGACACCGAAGUACCGAUUUGGAUACCAAAAUAUUUAGGGAUUGGGAUUGGGAUACCGAAAUUAUUUAGAGAUUGAGAUUGGGAUUGAGUUGAAGGUGUAAUUUGGUAUUUGAGAUUUCGGUAUUUGGUAUUAGAAUACCAAUACCGUACCGAUUUCCAGCCGUGCUUGCACCCUUUUCACACACAAAAAAAGAAGAAGGGCCCAAUUCUAUUUCAGUUCUAUUGGGCUUCAUUUUUGCGGUAGAGGACGACGGUCUAACUCCUUCACUUUCACGUACCUUGCAAAAUUUCCCACAGAUAUUCCCAAUUGCCGAUCAGUAGGGUUUAUCGAUUCACUAUCUCCGGCCAGGCGGUAGGGUUUAUAGUAAAUUCUCCUUCCGCAUCCACCCAGCUUUAAGGGGGGCCAGAAUCCGACCUCGGCGGCAGUGCAAGAGUCAGCCGGUCUUAAAAUGGCUAGUGCUCUUUCUAGAACUGUAAAUCAUUUGCGUAAAGCGUAUCGAUUUGCAAACUCCCACCACGUCGGUCAGUUUCGCUCGCUAACGUCGGUGCCGCCAUCGUCAGUUCUCGAGAGUCUGCCUCUCUUUCGCUCGAUAGCGCCUUUGGACUUCCGUAUUCCGCCGAUUUCGAUCGGGCAGAGAUUUCUGUUCAGAUCCAUUCAAACAGCUUCUCCUGCGGGUACUGUCGGCUCGGAGAGUGCGAAGAAGGUGGAGGAAGCUAAACCGGAUGGAGGCGAGAAAUCUGGUGGGAGUUCAGAGCAAGGCGGCGAACCUGGGAAACCUGUUCGCGGUGGGCCCGUGUCGUGGCUGAGUUUUGUGUUGCUGGCCCUAACUGGAGCCGGAAUCAUAUUCUAUUACGACAGGGAAAAGAAAAAACACAUUGAAGAAAUAAAUAAGAGUUCUCAAGCUGUGAAAGAGGGGCCAUCAGCAGGAAAAGCAGCCAUUGGAGGACCUUUUACACUUGUCAACCAUGAAGGAAAGAAGGCUACAGAGAAAGAUUUCAUUGGGAAAUGGACAGUAAUGUACUUUGGUUUCACUCACUGUCCGGACAUUUGCCCAGAUGAACUGCAAAAGCUUGCCUCUGCAGUUGAAAAAAUAAAGAAGAAAGCAGGAUUCGAGAUUGUCCCAGUCUUUAUUUCGGUUGAUCCUGAGAGGGACACUGUCGAUCAAGUGCGGGAGUAUGUCAAAGAGUUUCAUCCGAAAUUAGUUGGAUUGACUGGCACACCAGCUGAUAUAAAGAAUGUUGCUCGUUCAUAUCGAGUUUAUUAUAUGAAGACUGAUGUAGAAGAUUCUGAUUAUCAAGUUGAUCACUCCAUCGUCAUGUACUUGAUGGGUCCUGAUAUGCAAUUCGUGAAAUUCUUUGGCAAAAAUCACGAUGAUGAGUCGCUUGCCGAUGGCAUCAUUAAGGAGAUAAAGCAGUACCAAGGACAACAGGUGAAAAAGGGAGCCCCAACCCCGUAGUAGUAGUGUUUUAGAGCUGUUUCUGAUAAUGUUCGAAUCCUUGCAAUUGGACGAGCUUCGUGCACGGAUUGAAUCUGCUUAUUUUGUGGAAGGUCAAACUCAAACAAGAGAUUUAUAUAUGCAACGGCGUAGCAGGUUGUGGAAGAAAAACCUUGUUAGGAUCGAGACACGUUAUUUUUAAUGUGUUCCGAAAGUUUUAAAACCCAUUCUGCUUUAUAGGAUGCAAGCCUCUGUUGUUUCCUGCGUCUGUGCUUUAUUAUGGUCUUUUAUUCAGUUGGUUUCUUAGUUUACAUGGACAACAGCCAAAUCGGAUACGAACAAUCGAACAGGUAGCUUCUACAUUAUGGUUUCUACUGUUAAUGCUUUGUUUUUCUUAUUCAAUUGGCUAGUGUGUCGGUUUCCUGAGCGUUCGUUCGAGUUUAGUCAUUCUUGGUCUCUGUCGCUCGUCGAGAGAUAUCCAGUUGGACGGCCUGAAGAUUUGUGCACAUCUUGGACGGCCUGAAGAUUUUGAUGGUAUGAGAAGAGAAAUGGUAUACAAGUAUAGAACAUCCGUUCGUAUGGUAACAUGAGAAGCAAACAACGAAAAACAUGGGCGUAUUAGGGAAUGCCUGCUGCAGAAGAUUUCAUAAGGGACAGUAUCCUACCUAGAUUGAAAGUCGCUUUUGUUUAUGGGUUGGUUGUUUUGCUUUUAGGUUGUUUAAAGCUUGAACCCAACGAUGAAAUAUAUAAUUCGAGGCAUCCACUAUCCCAAAAAAGGGACGGGGGGAAUCGAAGCAGAUCUGAUGCACCACUGCUGCCGAAACGUUAGUGGGAGAUGUAUGCGGAUUCCGCUGAUAACAUAAUCCCAUCGGAUUCUUCAUUAAUUCCAAAAAAUCUCCUCCAUCUAUGCUGAUAUUCUUUUCUUUUGCUCCUGUGAGUCCACUGCCAUCCAUGGGGUUGCGAAUUGGGUUCUCGUAUUGUAGGUCGUAGCGGAAUGAUUCUUUCUUUCUACUCCCCGAAGAUUAGGGAUGGUAAUGGGUAGGUAACUAUCCGUAUCCGUUCCGUUGCAGGUUGGGUGCAAAUCGGAUAAUUUAUCAUGUGUCGCGAGUUGGGUCAGGUCGAUUCAAUGGGUAUGCAAUUUAUUUGGAAAGCCUUAGAAAUAUUCGUUAAUUUCAUUAUAAGACCAAAAAAACAAAUCAUAUUAUGAUAAAUGUAAUUAAAUUAUUGGAGAAAUUGAGGUUUUCACUAAUUUACAACUUUAUUAUAGCUAAAAUAUGAUGUAAUAAAAGGAAAAUCAUAAGUAAUUUGACUAAGAUACAAGUAUCUUAGGCAAGAACGGGUCGAGAAUGGGGCGGGUCAGGGCAGGUCGGGUCGAUGAGAGUACCCAUGUCCGCCUCGUCCCGCCUACAGGACUGGUCGGGUCGGGCCUGCCCAAAACAGGGCAAACAAGUCGGGUAAAAGGGAUCAGAUCGAAAUUGCCAUCCCAAGAUGACAAAUCUAAGGAACCGAUCCCAUAAAAAUUCCCUUAUCCAUCUAUGGUGAUAUAAAUUACUUAUAUUAAAACAUAUACUUGCACUUCCGAGAAAUUUUAGGAUAUGAAAGAGGAUCAUGUAAGAUCAAAGGUGGAAUGACUUUCAUGAAUGAAUGUCACUUUCAAUG